UAAUAUGGUCACAUUAUGCACUUUUUGACCUCUAGAAAAAAAAACACCAUCUAAUUGCUCUGCUUUUUCUCUGCAGUUUUACAGUUGAGCUGUCGAUCCGUACGCUGGCUCACAGUGGGAUCCUGUACUACAUGGCUAAUGCUAAUCAGCAGGAUUAUGCAGUGCUGCAGCUGCUGGGCGGUCGACUGCUGUUCUCUUGUGACCUGGGCAAAGGACCUGCUAUCACCACAUCACUCACAAACAUCAAUGAUGGACAGUGGCACACUGUGAGGGCCGACUUCAGCAAGAAGAGCAUACUGAUCAGUGUUGAUGGAGCCGAGUCGGAGCGAACAACCAUUAAAGGCCAGAGUCUGGAUGUGGAAGGGAAGCUCUACGUGGGUGGAUUGCCGACAGGAUAUACAGCCAAGAGGAUUGGAAACGUGACCCACAGUCUAGCCAGCUGUGUGCAGAAGGUCAAGCUGAACAAUGCUGAACUGAACUUGAACAAUCCAGCUGCAUCUUACGACACCGGCUCCUGCUUCAGCUCAGUGCAGGACGGCUCCUUCUUCAACGGCUCUGGAUACGCCGCUUUCAUAAAAGAGGGUUAUUACGUGGGCUCUGAUGUGACCGUGAGCUUGGAGUUUCGUUCCACUGCACUGGAUGGGGUUCUGCUGGGAGUGAGCAGUGCCAGAGUGGACGCCAUCGGACUGGAGCUCAUCGAUGGACAGGUGGUGUUCAAUGUGAAUAACGGUGCUGGACGCUUCUCGGCCGUGUCCAGAAGCAGGUCAAGGAUGUGUGAUGGCCGCUGGCACUCUCUGGUGGCCAAGAAGUUGAAGCACAGCCUGAGUCUGACUGUAGACGGUAUAACCGUGAGCGCAGAGAACCCACACUCUUCCUCGACCUCAGCCGAGACCAAGAACCCCAUCUAUGUUGGAGGAUAUCCGGCUAACGUGAAGCAGAGCUGUCUGAGCGCCAGAACAUCUUUCCGGGGCUGCAUGAGGAACCUGCGCCUGUCCAGAGGUCAUAUUAUAGACGUGUUAGAGUUCAGCUUGUCUCUGAUCCAGUGGUCUUGCCAUCACAAUUUGGUCCUUGUCAAACUCGCUCAAAUCCUUACACUUGCCCAUUUUUCCUGCUUCUAACAUCAACUUUGAGGACAAAAUGUUCACUUGCCACCUAAUAUAUCCCACCCGCUAACAGGUGCCAUGAUGAGGAGAUCAUCAGUGUUAUUCACUUCACCACUCAGUGCUCAUAAUGUUAUGCCUUGAUUUGAAUGGUAAAAAAAAAUGAUUUAAAAGAUAUUCUUGAUAUUGAUUAAGUUUUCCUUUAAGAGAUAUUUAUUAUUUCUGGAAGGAGUCUCCAAUAUCAGCACUUUGUAACAAUCAGAGCUACAGCUGUAACGUUACAUUUUUCUGGCUCAGGAAAGGCUACAUGUUUUCUCAAUAACAUUACAAGCUGUGUUUUUUUCCCCCUUUUAUUACACUGAAGAGACUGAAGAGAUCAUGUAAGUGAUAAGAACAUGCUUUGGGGACAUUCUACAACAU